AUGCCCAUCAACCAACCCUCCAACCAAAUAAAACUGACAAACGUCUCCCUCGUACGCUACAAAAAAGCAAAAAAGCGUUUCGAAAUCGCCUGCUACAAGAACAAAGUCCUAGAAUGGCGAUCCGGCAACGAAAAAGACAUCGACAACGUUCUCCAAAUCCCCAAUGUAUUUCUCAACGUAUCGCGAGGACAAACCGCUCCUACCGCCGAUCUAGCCAAAGCCUUUGGAAAAGAUACACCGAUCCAAGACAUCAUUCUCGAGAUAUUAAACAAAGGGGAACUACAAGUUGGGGAGAAAGAACGUCAUGCGCAGCUGGAACGGGUUCAUAAUGAAGUCAUCAGUAUCGUGGCGAGUAAACUCGUGGAUCCGAAGACGAAGCGGGUUUAUACUACGGGGAUGAUAGAGAAGGCAUUAGAGAUGCUUAGUUCGCAGGGCUCGCAGGCCCAGGAGAAGGAGAAGGAGAGGAAUGUAGGAAGUGAGAAUGCGACUCCGACGACUGGGGAAGAGGGGGAGGCAAAACCAAUUCCUAGAGCGAGGGAACAUGCGUGGACGGGGGUAGUGGCUACGAAGAGUGCGAAGAGUCAGGCGUUGGAGGCGAUGAAGGCUUUGAUUGCUCAUCAGCCGAUUCCGGUUGCAAGAGCAAGGAUGAGGCUGAGGGUUACGUUGCCGACGAAGAUUUUGAAACAGGUGGUUAAGAGUGCGGGGCCGAAAGCUGGGGAUGAGGAGGAGGGGGGAUAA